AUGGACCAACACACCUUCCGCCGCCGAGGCCUCGGACUCCGAGGCGUUGAUGACCGUGUCUCCCCAGGCUACGUUCUAUAUGCUCCUCUCACCUCCAACACCGCCCACCUUGUCUCAACAACGGGCAAAGAAGUUCACCGCUGGACACUCCCACAUCGUGCAGGACGCCAUGCCCGCAUCUUACCCAACGGCAACUUGGCCUACAACGGCGCCCACCCUGAAGCACCCGCCCUGUUCCCCAUGUGGGCCAAGUACCGCGGCGGCAUGAUGAUGCAAGUGAGCCCCGGUGGCGAGAUUCUACGCCAAUACUCUGAUCCCCUGGCUCAUCAUGACCAAAACCAUCUUGAUGACGGCACGCUGCUGUACACGACGCUGGAACCCCUCACUCCUGAAGAGGCAUCAAAGGUGCAAGGCGGGAUCCCAGGCAGCGAAGCGAAGGGGAUCGUUUACGGGGACUGUAUCAAGUUGGUCGACCCUUGGUCAUCCGGUAAUGAAUCUUCUUCGGCGGACUUUGAGGUCGAGGGCAAGGGCGCGAAGUUGCUUUGGUCGUGGCGCGCGAUUGAUCACCUUGAUCCUGCUGUUUUUGCUGCUCAUCCUCAUUACCCUCGGGAGCAUUGGCCACUGAUUAAUAGUGUGUCUUUUGAUUCAGAGGGAAAUAUCAUUGCUUCGUCGAGGAAUGCGUCUAGUGUGUUUGUUAUCAGUCGUGCAACGGGGGAGGUGCUGUGGCAUCUCCCUGCACCGACAGUCAGUCAACAGCAUUGUGCGCAUCAGAUCAACGAGAGUGGGGAUAUGCUUGUUUUUGACAACGGCGUAUUCCGUCCUGGGGUGUCUGUGCCGUUCUCACGGGCAAUCAUUGUCUCGAAGGAGAAGGUUGUCAAGUGGGAGUACAAAGACCCAUCGACCGGUGGGCUUGGAUUCUUCACGCCGUUCAUGGGAUCUGCACAGAAGCUGGAUGGCGGCAAUGUGCUACUGUGUGAAGCUGCCGAUGGGCGGAUUAUUGAAGUUACAGAGGGUGGUGAGAUUGUGUGGGAGUUUGUGGUGCCUCAGCUUGGGGACUACAAGGCUGUGCUGGGGAGCAAGGAAUUGGAAGAGAUGGAGAGCAUUGGGUUCGAUUAUUUGAGUAAUGCCAUCUUCAGGGCUUACAAGUACAGGCCUGAUGAGGUCCCCUGGCUGAAGGAGGGCUGGUUGUCUAAUUGGCUUUGA